AUAUGACAACUAUCAAUUCAUCAAUUGUUGACAUUUUUUUUGGUAAAAUUUGUUUGUAAAAUGUUUUCUUUGUGUACACAGGUGUAAAUUGUUGAUAUUUUAUAGACAAUUAGUUGUUUUAUAAGUUUUACAAAGUUAACUUGUAAUUUUCCCACUGUUUUAUGAGGAUAAUUAAAUAAUAAUAAAAUCAUGAGGUCGACAACGAAAAACACUUUGCUCAAGGUUGUCAUUUUGGGCGACGGAGGUGUAGGAAAAAGUUGUUUAAUGAAUAGAUUCGUAUCAAAUCAGUUUGAUGAACAUUCUUUCCAUACUAUAGGUGUCGAGUUCUUAAAUAAGGAUAUUGAAAUUGACGGCGAAACAUACACAUUACAAAUUUGGGACACUGCAGGUCAGGAAAGAUUUAAAACCUUACGGACUCCCUUCUAUAGAGGUAGUGAUAUAUGUAUAUUGACAUACGCAGUUGAUGAUAAAACCAGUUUCAAAAAUUUGGAUAUGUGGCGAAAGGAGUUUGCCAACUAUGCCGACGUAAAAGAGAACAAUCAAGUACCUUUUAUAGUGGUAGGAAACAAAUCUGACGUUCCAACAGAAGAACGAGAGGUUUCACCAUUGGAAAUGGAGACAUGGUGCAAUGACAAUGGAAUUACGUCAUGUAUAGAAACGUCAGCAAAGAGUGCCAGUAACGUCCAGGAAGCUUUCAAAAUGGCUGUUCAGCAUUGGUUGAAACUGGAAUCAAGGGCAGACAAGAGUGAAACUGUAAUCAAUGAUACAGUGGAUCUAUCAAAAAAGCAAACUGAGAAUAGAACCUCUUGUUGCAUAGGUAGUUCAGAUGAUAAAUAAGUAUUAAAUUAAUGCACUGAAAAUGUUCAUAUCAUUGUAUUGAAUUUACUUAAUAUUUUAUUUUUUUUUUCUGACUGUAUUUGAUUUAUAUUUUUGUUUCAUCUCGUUAAUAGAGUUUUUUUUGUUUUAAAAAAUCUGAUCAAAAUGCUUUGUAUAUACUGGGUGAAAACGAAUUUGUCACACAGGCCACCAAUUUGUUAAUGUUUAUUUAUCAACACACAAUUAUUAUAUGAAAUAACAGCUAUUUACAUAUAUAAAAUGCUAAUGUUUUUAUCUGUGUCGUCUCUACUGAAGUAACGACUUGCUCUAGAAAGUUGCUUUUUUUACUAAAAGAUAGCUAAUGGGCUCUUCUAAAAACUGUCGUCGCCGGAUUUUUUGUUUUUCAUUUAAUUAAAAAAAAAUAAAAAGUAUUGUUUUUCCUGAUGUUGUGGCGGAUGCGCCAAGCUUCAACUAAUACAAUAUAAAGAACAGCGGCGUGCGGUCCAUGGAAGCGGGGGAAGCACCGCUUCCCUAAACUUUUUAAAUAUAAAAAAAAUGAUUAGUUAAACGUUAAUAAUACUGUUAUUUUAUAACAAAAGAUUAAUUUAAUUUGUUAAAAUUAUUUAUAUGAAACCUUACAUAAACGUAUCUAGUAAAUUUAAUUAGCCUUUUACUGCAUGGAUGCGCACCUGGGAAUCGCCGCCGGUCGCCUAUCCCUCCUUCAUGUAGGUAACACCUCCAUUAUGUAGGUGUUAUUGACCUCGAACGCAAACGACAAAUUUAAGCCGGAAAAUCGCGCACAGUUGCUAGCCACGGCAGAGAUCUUUCGGCCGUCUUCCUCGACUUUUAAUUUAUCGGGACGGGUUCGCUUGCGAUUUUAUAGGUAAUAUUAUAAUAAAUUAAAUCCAAAAUUUUAUGAUGAUGUUAUAGAUAAAUUUGCAAAGGGUGAUAGACCUCAAAAAUGACGAAUAGACCUCAAAUACAAAUAGGCGCCUAUCGCGCGUCAAGUGCUUCGGAAAAUUAAUUUAAAAUAUCGUAUUUUAACUAUUAUAACUUUAUGUGUUUUUGUUUGUUUAACAAUUUUCGAUAGAAUUUUAAUCGAACAAUGGAAUUGGCCUCGGAAUUUUCAAAGGAAAGUUUUUUAAGAAAAUGUAAAAGUAAUGUCUCGAAAUAGGAUUUUUUUACCGAUUCGCUUCCCCGCCUUAACCGCACGCCGUUGAUAAAGAAGUAAUUUAUCUGUGUAUUUAAGAAUUUCUUUUAAUAAAUUUGUAGACAUUUUUUUCAGUGUAAAAGUUUAAUUCUCAAGGCAUGAAUUCAGAGUCAAAGAAAUUUGAACAGAUACUUCCAAGGAGCCAAUUCUUUUGAUACAAAUUAAUAAAAUUAGGCUCUGUGCAAUAAUUUUGUUUAUCACCCGGUAUAUUUAAAUUUCAAAGAAAACUUUUGACUAAAACAAUAUACUUUUUAUAAAUUAAAUCAAAACGUUAAGCCAUAUUUCGAGUAUAUCAGUAUAAACAUGUGAUAUUUCUUGUGCUUGAAAAUGUUAUUUUUGUUCUGUAAAUAGGUUACAUGGUCAUGUCCUGUUAGAAUAACAUUCUCAGUAUUGUUUCCUUAGUUAGAUCUCUUUAUUUUUAGGUUACUUAAAAGACACAUAUCAUUGACAUUUUGAAUUUAUUUUAAAAUACGGUGCGUGUCUUACUAGAUUCACUCAUAUGUAUUUCUCACUCAGGUUAAAACACCAAAAAAACAAUGUUUCAGAGUUAUUCCAAUACCGAUAAAUGUGAUUAGUUUAAAACAAAUCUAUAUUCUUAUACUUUUUGUCUAUUUUACUAUAUAUUAGGUAGUUUGUAGGUAUAUAAAUACGUAUUUUAGGCUUUAGCUCAAAUUUUGAUUUAUUAAAAUGUAUUCAAAUACAUUCCCACCAGGUUAGGCUUUUGUAUAGCAUUGUUUAGGAAUAAAUCGGCUUUGU